GCCUUAAGUGUCAUAACCCUUUGUUAAACACAGAGCUUAUUUUUUGCAAUUUUCCAAAAGUCUAUGGGAAAAAUGUAUUGGUUUUCGAUCAAGGGAACCCGUGCGCCGCUAACUUCCGGGUUGGCCUACAAAAACACGUCAUCCCUGAGGUACUCUAUAGUGUUGUUGCAGAUGAAAGCUGACAUAAGUUUCCUUCUGCUAAGGUUCUUUAGUAGAAGUGGUUAGUAGAACCACUUCUCACUAAAAUUCCAACCAUAAACCACACCUUGAGUGUAAUCAUCAAACAGAACUCGAAAAAUAAUAGUCGUUUUCAAACAGGUUUCCUAGACUUUAUACCAUUGGUCAGAAAAACAGGUAGCUCUGCCCCAAACUGGUUGUGUCAACAUUGUUCUUUCAGGCUGGUUGAAAUGCUCAAACUAAGUGAUGUUUUGAUAGUGCCACAGUGAUGUUUUGAUAGUGCCACAGUGCUUCUUGGGGAAAUUAACCAACAAAUGUCUUUCUUAUAGCUCUCUACAUAUUAAGAUUGGAUAAGACGGAGAAAUACAAUUACACAAACAACUUAAAAAAAAUUAUCAAAGAAAAAGAAGGGAUACUGAGUGAAAGAAAGAGAGAGUGAGAAAAGGAAAAUAAAAAACUCCUGGUCCAUUGGUGUAGACUCACCUGUCCUGUCUGUCCUGCUUUGCCUGUAAACAAAUUAGGCCUACUGAUGUUAAAACAAAAAAAAGUGCAAUCAGGAUUUGAAGGGAUGGUCAUCAAACCUGCAUCUAAACGAACCCAGCUCUGUCAUAUUUAGCUAUAUUCCUUUUUCUCCCUUUUUAUGUAUUAACGUGCUAAUGCCAUUGUCACUUUGUGUUAAAGUGGUAUUGUGUUUUUAUAUUAUUUAUUUCUCCUCGAGCUCCAAUAUAAUUUACUUAAACUAUUUUUAUAUUCAAAAAACGAGUUUGCUUGUGUAGGCUUUGCACCAGAUUGGCUGUGCCGUCUUCCGUAGUAGAACGGAAAACAUCACAACGUUUUGAUGUGUGGCUGAAUGUAAACAGCAGGGUCGCAAAUAGUGGACUAAAUUGAGAUUACAAACUUACAGGAUCGUCUUACAUUUGAGGAGCUUGUAAAGUGUCUAUAAACUUAGUGGAACCGAAUGGCGUCUUAAAGUACACAAAACAAGUCAAAUUGCAGAACAAGCCGAUUCAAAUAGCCCCGCCAUUUUAGGUGGUGAAUAACAAGCCCCUUUCCCGAAGCUUUUUUUUUUUUUUUGGCGCCAUAUCAACACACGUUCAGUUCACGCGCACACCGCCCGCCAUUUCAGUAUCACUAACCUCUCAUUGUUUACUGUAGGCUAGAGAAAGUUGAUAUUUAUAUAUAUGACGUGAAACACUUUAAACGUACAAUUUAUGUACAUUUGACAGUAAAAGACGUAAUUUGGUCUCUGGGUAAUAUAUAAAUAAUAAUAAUAAUAAUUCGAAAUUUACUAACGUUAAAAAGUUUAAUUUAACAAUUGACCUCACCAAUACUCAACAAUCAUGCGCGUGCUCGCCACGUGGCUUUGUGACCUUGUCAUGUAAUCGUAACAGAAAUGAUUGAUAAUGUAAAAAGAUUAAAUAAAAAGUUAAUUAAUAUACAAACAAAGAAGUUGACCUUAUGGGCGUAUAGUCUCACAAUUCUCAAACAUCUGGAUAAUUUUGCACGUUACAUUUGUGUUAACAUUAUUUCGGUAAUUUUAACGAGAUAUUCCAAAAACUAUGGGUUAUGGGUUUAAACACUAACAGAACAUAAUCUGCAAAACAACUGAACGGGAUAUAUAUUUUUUUAACUCUGCGAUAAAAAAAAAUCGCGAAUGCCCGUUGUUGGCAACAGAGUAUAGUCGCUAAUGAUUACGAAUAAAACAACUAGACAGCCGUUAAGUCAGUUCAUCUUUAUCUCACAUCUGUAUCCUGGCGUGAAAAUACCGUUUUGCCGAAAAACACCACGCUAUUUCGUACGUUUGAGAAAUGUUAGCUAGCUAGUGCAGGAUAGCACCUCCCACUCUGGCUUCUUCAGGCCAAUCCUUGUCACACAAUGCAUAUGUUGGGGGAAGGCACUGGGGUGGACUGGGGAUUACCUACUAGACUGGGGAAUAGCGAGAUCUCCGGGACCAAGGUACAAAUAAGCAUAAGAUGGCUACAAAUGUUAGUCUGGACCCUAAUAACCCUGAUGACAAGUGCAGUCGCUAUGAGGUUUUGGCCUGGAUCAACGAAACCCUACACACUAACUUUACUCAAGUGGAGCAAUGUCGUUCAGGUGCGUGUUUUUGCCAGCUUAUAGACUUGCUCUUCCCAGGGUCCAUUGACAUGAGCAAAGUAAAGUUUGAGUCCCAGAAGAGGUCUGAUUUCAUCCAGAACUACAGUCUUCUCCAGACAGCUUUCCGGAAAUUAGGCAUAACAGAGUCAGUCCCUGUGAAGGAGCUUCUCACAGGAAAGUUUAGACCCAAUUUCACCUUUGUGAAGUGGUUCAAGAAAUUUUUCCAUGCCAAUGAGAGGCAAGGGAGGGAGUACAACCCAGUUGAAGCUCGUAAUGGUCAGGAUAUUGUACAGGUAGAUGACGCUGUUAGGUCUCCAAAGUCCUGGAAAGGUCCAUAUGAAUCUGGCAGAGGAAGAGAUGAGUCUGAUAAAGACAUGGAUUUUAAUGGAAGGAGGCGAUCUGUGACUUAUGAUCCUAAAUGGCAAAGAACCUUUAAAUGGUUUAAACCUAGUCAUCUGGGAGACAACUACGCUUACUGCACUUUGUGUGACCAUAAUAUCAUCCUACAUGCAGGUUUUUACGAUCUGAAGCGACACCAGCAGACUCAAAAGCAUAUGAAACAUGAGCGGGGAGGAUUAAAUUCAUCUGGGAAAGAGCCGAUUGAAGACUCUCUUUCCUGUAGUGAAACCAUGCUGCUUUUCAUUCAAAACCAUUGCCUCUCCAGUUUACCCUCAAGGAUCAACAAGGUCUCCCAACGUACUGCAAAAUACAUCCUCGGACUGAAGUAUCCAAAGGACAUUGUUUCUGCUUGUAAACUGAACCCGUUCUGUAUCUACAUAUAUGGGCAGGUGCCACUUGAUGCAGAGAGCGAAGAAAAGACCUCCUGCCAUGUGGUGCUCGUGGGCUUUUUUGAGGAAAAGCAAGCAAGGUACUGUAUCCGUCUCCUUGAUGUCUUUCAGGCUGAAGACUCAGGUUCUGGAUGUUUACUCAAUGUCCUCCAAAAGUUUGAGCUUCCUGCAAGCAACAUGGUAGCUUUCUAUGUUAAUGACCAGGAACAGACCUCAGGAAGUGUUGUGUCUCAAAUUCGGGAGCUUAACCCACAGGUGAUUGAUCUUGGUGGACUUUACAGCAUACCUGACUCUGCCUGCAAUGCUGGCCUAAAGGCUUACUCCAGUCAGGUUCAUGAACUUAUUGCCAACAUCUACGCACACUUCUCCACGUGUUCCACCAGCAAUGACAACCUCAAGACGCUGUUUGCAGGCAUUGAUGGACUAAAAGACACCAGCGCACCCCUUUCACACAGUUGUGAGGAGUUUUGUGUGCUUGUUCAAAGGAUGCUUGGAAUGUGGAGCGAUUUGGUAUCAUACUUUACUUCCUGUGAUGAAAAUAAUGAUAAAGCUAAGCAUAUUUGUUCACAGUUGGAGAACCCUAAAAUUAGGGUUACCUUGAUGUUUCUAGAUCACGCUCUUGGACCACUCCAUGCCUUCGGGCAGCACCUGCAACAAAGCAAAGGCUCUGUUCGUGCUGAUCUUGUCCAAAUCCUUCGAGAAGCAAGUGGGCUCCUACGUUCGUAUGCCUCCAACUUUCUUCGCCCUCAAGCAGUCAUACGCUACCUGAAAGAACGAGACCCAACCAUCCUGGAAAACUCAACACUUUGCCUUCCUGCUUCUGAGCUCAGUCUGGGUGGGGUGGUAGAAGACUUCAUCUCUGCCAGAGAAGAGGAAUUGGCAGAUUCCUUGAACGCAUUUCACGAUGAGUCUUUAAAGUUCUACAAAACUCUUACGACCUCCAUCGCUGACAGUCUCCCUCUGAGCGAAAGUGUCUUGAGGGGCAUUUCACAGCUCCUCAGCCCAGCAGGAAGGCUAAAGGUCACAGGAAAGAAUAUAGUUGACCUUGCUGUACAAUUUGGCAUCUGCUCCAAACCGGAGGAUUCUGCUAAGCUCACUGAUGAGUUCUUGGAGUACCAGCUUGUUGAGGAUGAAGAUGACACAUCUUCUACCCUUUCUCUGGAGCGAUACUGGUGUAGUGUGCUUAAGGCUUUUCCACCAGCAUCCAUUUUUAAGAGACUCAUCCUCUGUUUUUUGGUUUUGCCCUGUCCAUCUCUUGAAGCAGAAAAGAUCUUUGCUCAGGCUGUUGAAAAUGGCGAUGCUAUUCAUUUGGAUGAUAGUUCAAGUGAAAGUGACAACGAUAUAGCAAAGGAGCUGGAUUCCAAUGAUGACUCCUCCAUAGAUCAAACUGACGUCAAGAUUUCACCCAUCAGAAAUGGGAGGAAGAAAAAGGUCAGAAGCAGCACAUCAGAGACGGUUCAACACUCAAACGCAGUGAAGCCGUGUGUGGUGCGACUGGAGAAGAUCACCAGUCAGAGAGAAAUGGACUUAAAGAAAGAUGGAGCCAGUGAUGAUGCUAACACAUUACAGGAGGGCUCUGUUAGAGGAAUAUACGGUUGGGAGAGCAGCUUACGGCAGAAACCACAGGCACGUACAGUCUUUCAGGCCGGUGCAGGCACCUGGAGCAAACCAGUGAACCCAGACAAGGACAGCAAGCCAGAGGUGGUGAAGAACAAUGCUCGGUCUUCUGCAUCAAAUUCGACACCAAGCCCCAGAUCUGGAAAGCGAGAACAAGCAUACCAGGAUGGGAAGGGUUAUUCCAUUGGAGAGCUGGUAUGGGGAAAAGUGAAGGGCUUCUCUUGGUGGCCUGGACUGGUGGUGGCGUGGAAGGGCAGGACGCUUCCUGUGUCUAUGAGGCGCGUAGAGUGGUUUGGAGAUGGCAUGUUUUCAGAGAUUCAUACAGAGGGACUGUUGCCCUUUUCUGCAUUUGCAAAGUGCUUCUGUAGUAAAUCCUAUGAAGGUCUACCUACCUACAAGAAUGCCAUCUACCAAAUCCUGGAGUUGGCAGGGGAGCGCUGUGGGAAGUCUUUCCCCCCCACUGAGAAAAAAGGUGAAGAAGUGAAAGCCAUGCUAGAUUGGGCAUUUGGAGGCUUCCAGCCCAUGGGUCCUGAUGGCUUUUUGCCUCUUGGAGAUAGCUCCACCAGUAAUAAAACUGAAUCAGAUUCCUCUGUGUCUGAUUAUCAGCCUCCAGCCAAGAGGAAGUACGUCAACAAGAGACAGUCAACUCAGGAGUACACCAGAGAUCAAAUGGUCCAUGAGGUAUCUGUUAAAGGCAGAAACAUUGAAGAUUUCUGUCUGUCCUGUGGAACUGGUAAUGUUGAAAUUUUCCAUCCGCUCUUCAAAGGAAGCCUUUGUUUUAAGUGCAAGGAGAACUUUACAGAGACACUGUACAGGUAUGAUGAUGAUGGCUAUCAGUCAUACUGCACUGUGUGCUGUGCUGGACAAGAGGUCAUUCUCUGUGGAAACGCCAGCUGCUGCAGAUGUUUCUGUAAAGACUGUCUGAAUGUGUUGGUGGGACCGGGGACAUUUGAUAAGCUGAAGGAGGUUGACCCAUGGAGCUGUUACAUUUGCCUGCCCUCAAAGUGUUACGGUGUGCUCAAGCUCAGGCCUGACUGGAGUGUUCGUGUCCAGGAGUAUUUUGCCAAUAACAGUGCCUUUGAAUUUGAGCCACACCGAGUGUAUCCUUCUAUUCCAGCUCCUCAGCGUCGUCCAAUCAGAGUACUCUCCCUGUUUGAUGGGAUUGCAACAGGCUAUUUGGUUUUAAAAGACCUGGGCUUUAAUUUGGAACGCUACAUUGCAUCUGAGAUCUGUGAAGACUCUAUUGCUGUCGGAAUGAUCAAACACGAGGGCAAGAUUGAAUAUGUGAAGGAUGUGCGCACCAUCACAAGGAAACAUCUUGCCGAGUGGGGGCCAUUUGACCUCCUGAUAGGUGGAAGUCCGUGUAAUGACCUGUCCAUGGUGAACCCAGCAAGAAAAGGUCUUUUUGAAGGCACAGGUCGGCUGUUCUUUGAAUAUUACCGCAUGUUAACCAUGAUGAGGCCAAGAGAAGAUGACGAUCGCCCAUUUUUCUGGCUCUUUGAGAAUGUAGUAGCGAUGAGUGCCCACGACAAGGCUGAUAUCUGUCGUUUCCUGGAGUGUAAUCCUGUGAUGAUUGAUGCUGUGAAAGUAAGCCCAGCCCACAGGGCCCGUUACUUCUGGGGAAAUUUACCUGGAAUGAACCGACCACUUCCUACUUCACUCACUGACAAUGUAGAUCUGCAGGACUGCCUGGAGGUUGGACGAACUGCAAUGUUCAACAAAGUUCGCACUAUCACCACCAAGUCUAACUCCAUCAAACAAGGGAAGAUGGGACCUCUGCCGGUCACCAUGAAUGGAAAAGAGGACUAUCUUUGGUGCACUGAAAUGGAGAGAAUAUUUGGGUUCCCAAAGCAUUACACAGAUGUGAAUAAUAUGGGGCGGGGACAGAGGCAGAAGGUCCUUGGGCGGUCCUGGAGUGUUCCCGUGAUCCGACACCUCUUUGCCCCUCUGAAGGAUUACUUUGCUUGCGAGUAAAGCCAUCCUCUGGUCCAGGCAGCACUGGCACUGGAGGUCCAAAUCAAGUCUCUCAGAUAAAUGAAUUUGAGUUUUGUUUUUUUAAGGUUUCUGCAGAUUCUGACCUCACAGAAUAUUGUCAAUUUUAAUGAUUCAUUUGUUCUAAAUGUUCAGAAUUUUUUUUUUUUUUAAUCCCGAACAGUGAUCCUUGGAAUGCACAGACACUUUUGGAUCGGAUUUCAAACAUCAUAAGUACUGUCGUUUUUAACUUGUAUGCUUUUAAAGUGAUUUAAUGCUGAAGAGAGCUACACGAUUCUCCACCCACUACCUCAGUGCCAUUCUGUGAUUGGUUCAUUCUCUGUAGGAAUGCCGCUUUAUGCCUAUUUAUAAUUUAAUGAAUAAGUUAAUAUUAGUUCUGUUUAGUUUAUCUAAAACCGUUUUUAACAUUAUGUUAGCUUUUUAUAUCACGUUUUUACAUCAGAACUUUUCCUUGUUUAGGAAUAAACGUCCUGUUGUGAAAUAUAUAUAUAAUUUUUUUUAAAAUAAUGAUUGGCUAUGUUGUCAUCCCAUGGUGCUAUUUUAUAAUAUAGAAUGUUUGGCCACUGGACAACUGUACUAAGACAACACUUAAAUGUUUUCCUAUUUAGCAUCAUUUAUUUAAUUGAAAGUAAUGCUCAUAUACACCAUAGAUGACUUGGGUUACAUGACUUGGAUUUGAAUUAUAGGAAUACAUGCAAUCCUAUAGUACACCAUGCAUUCAGAAGCACAAAUGUUGUCUGUGCCAUUAUAGUGUUGUGAAAGCCUUGGGCUGUUGAUAGAUUUGAGUUGACAAUAGCCUUCCAAAGUUUUAGCCUUUUUUUUUUUUAAUAGUAACCUCAUUUUUAAUCAAUUUACAGCGUGAUCCUACAGUUUUAGGACUACUUUUUUGCCUUGAGCUAGGAUUUUAGACCAUACUAUCAAAUAAUUUUACAAUAGACAGGUCAUCAAUCCUUAGAAAUAAGGUUGCAACAUUUCAUUUCUGUUUGCCAUUUUUACCCCAUUUGUUACCUGUAUGCACUUCCGAUUUGAAACUAGCCUUGAGCUGAUGGUCUAAAACUGUGGUCACUGCAGCAUUGCUUUGUUGUUUUUAGUAAGGAUUUAGCCUACCAAAAUAUCUGUAUGAGAGUUAGUCACUGUGUUAAUUAUGAGGCCUUUUUAUAGAACAUGAUGCAAUGUGACCGAGGGCUGAAAGAAUAAGUGAAUAAGUGCCUGCAAGUGGAUAGGCUAUAUGUUUAUGUAGGACAAAUGUUGAAAUGAUUUUAACUGGCAUGACUUUAGAUUACAUUAAAGGGAAUCAUUUUGGCUAGUUGCAUUUCUCUAGUGCAGGUGUCUAAAUUGUAUCUUACCUUUGAAAGUCAAUACAUUUUGUUAUCACUUGCGGUCAUUGAAAAAAAUUGUGAACUUAGGUGCUUCAGAAUGUGUAUAAAUUGUUUUCUUUCUAGUUGUUUAGCAUGUGUUUUCAGCAUUAUGCAGAAAAUGGUGAUUGUGGUUCUGACAUUAUCACUGGUCAAAGCUGAUCUUUAGCUGUUGAUAGUUUUCUAAAACAUGAUACCAACUGACUCAAACUUAAGAUUGAUUAAAUUUGAGUAAGGCAUGGGUCAGCUUGAGCUUGUGUGUGUGUGUGUGUGUGUGUGUGUGUGUGUGUGUGUGUGUGUGAGCUUUGAUGAAAGAUCAUUAACUGGAUUACAUAUGUCUUGAUGCCUUUUGGAUGUCUAUGUCUUGUAGCAAAGCUUUAGAAAAUCCCAGUAAGAACUGUAUUGUUGAUGUGAUACAUGUAAUUGUUGUGAAAUGAUGGUCUGUUUGUAGUUUCGAGGUGCAGUAUUGUCUCAUUAGAAAUAACUCCCUCAGGUCUUCUCAACACCAGCAGGCCUCACAGGACCAUGAUCUUUAAUGUCACACUGAUUAUUUUUAUUCAAUACUUUGUGAACAGAAUAUACUAUAUAUUUGUACCAUUGGAAUUGCCCUUAAUACCUCUUUUCUGUUGAAUGGGACUUUCAAAAUCCAUGUCUUCUGGUGCUAAAUGAAAUGCUAAUUAUGUCUGUAGCUCUAGGAUGUUUUUCUUGAACUGAUGAUUGACAAGACAGGUUUUGUUUUAAUAGCUUUUUGAUAUUUGCUAUAGUCUGUUAGCCUAACUUUAAUAUCCCAUGCUUGUACUAACAUCAGUGAUGAAAAAUAAAUUGCACCAAACUUU